ACAUGACUCCUAGGUGGCGCCAAGAGCGACUUCCGGUGCCGCGGUUGGUCUUUACUGUGCUGCUGGGGUGAGGGGGAAGAUCUAAUUCAUGGAGGACUAAGUCAUCGCUCUUGCUGUCUCUGUCUGCAACUUCUGCACACAGCACAGAAAUGAGCUGGCUGCUAGCAAUCAGGACCACAGAGACUUGGCUGCAAGAUUCAAUUAGUUCUCCUGGUCUUUGGCCUAUUUGAGCUAAACCUUUAAAUAAUGGAAGAGCAGCAGCUGGAUGUUGGCAGCAAUACAGACUCUGAUACAACAAGUCCGGGGAGAGGCAGCCCUGCAUCACAGCCGAGUGAUGCAGGUGGGCAACAAGCGUUGCCUUCAUCUGCAGGUUCCGCUCUCAAUAGUGCUACAGUAGUAAGUGGAACACCUCGUGCUGGUGGCCUUCGUCGUAGGCGGCGCGGGGCAGCUGACUGGGAAAUUAUGCAAGGCCUGCGAAGUGGUCAGCGCUGUGAUGAUAGGCCUAGCAAGUUUGAAGGAUACCUUCUGAAGAGGCGCAAGUGGCCUCUCAAAGGAUGGCACAAGCGCUUUUUCUGCCUGGACAAAGGAAUGCUAACAUAUGCCAAGUCAUCUACUGAUAUGGCCAAGGGCAAAAUUCAUGGAUCUGUAGACCUUGGACUGUCAGUGCUAUCAACAAAAAGCAAAGGAAGACGAGUUGAUAUUGAUGCUGAAGAGUUCAUUUACCACCUAAAAGUGAAAAAUCAGGCCCAGUUUCAGCAAUGGAUAUCUCAACUUCGUCACCAUCGUCUCUACCGCCAGCACGAGAUAGCUUUUGGUAGCCGAGAUGCGCCUAAAAUGACUUCUCCUGUAGCGGAAGAUUCUGGGUCAAUGGCAAUGACUGGAGGUCUGGAGACAAGUAUCUCAUCCCCACACCUGCUGGAAAGCACUCGUCUCAUACGCAGUCCACUUAAUCAACAGCAAAGCCGGGUGGCCGCAUGGGUGUUGGAUUCUGCAGCUAUAGAACAUGGAAACAAAGAUGCCUCAUUGCUACAAGAAAAGAUAUUUCAACUUACAAACUUGCUUCAGCUGAUAGAAAGCAGCCCUAGUACUGCUUCUUCAAAUUAUCUUGAGAUUCCAGAGAUGGAGCACGGAACCACAACAGGACAAAAGAAAGAUCGCAAGAGAUUUUACCUUAAACGAAUCAAGAAACACAAGAAGGACGCAGAUGCCCCUGUAGCACAUCCCCUGCGAGCUAAGCAGGGACAGAGUGUGGAAAUCAUGGUGUCUCAAGAACCACCAGGGGUACCCAGUGGCAAUGACAUUUCUGCCAGUGUUGACAACCUGACAGAAAUGAACCGCAUGGAGAAGACUCAAGAAGGUGCAUCCCUGCUGCCAAUUCGUGACAUGGGCUACUUAAGCUGCUCUCACCCUUCGCUAGCAUCGGAGAGUACAGUGCAGAGCCAAGCAGCAGAUUCAACCUCCCUCGUAUCUUACUGCUCCUACGACUCGGCAGGUGUCUUCCGCCACAUGGAGCAGUUUGUCUCUCUUGCCAAAGAGGUACAUGCAGGGUUACGGACAAUGCUUCGUAGUCUGCAGACGGAACGGGAACGCUUAAAGCAGCAUUUAGAAGCAGAACCGCCAUCUAGUUCUGGAAAUGCAACACUUCUAGCAUCUCUUAAAAACUCCUUGACUCAAGCUUUGCAGCAAAAUUAUGACCUGAGAGCUCGCCUCCAGAGAAUUCACGAGGAAUCAGAUUUGGUGAAUAUUCCACUGCCCGAAAGCCCAGUAACUGAAACCUUCGAUGAACAAACGCUCGUGCAUCAACCUGUGCAGCAGUCAUUGUCCCACGAGAGCUCAUCAGCAUUGUCAACGUCCGAGUUCUUUGAUGCGGCAGAGGAGCUGUCGCAUAGCAGCAGCUCAUCUGAAGUGUCAGAAGAGGAGGAAGAUGAGGAGGAAGAGGGCAGCUUCUGCAGCGAAGUUUCAGACGAUGGCACAGAAUAUGCCCCUGGAACGCAAGGUGCUGGUGGUCCCGUUCCAACAACCCAGGGGCGCCGCUCGAAACUCCCUACACCCAAACCCGAUACAGGAGACAUGAGUUUGUGGAAUCUGCUGUGUAAAAAUAUUGGCAAAGAUUUAUCCAAGGUCUCCAUGCCAGUAACCAUCAACGAACCUCUCAACAUGCUGCAGAGACUAUGUGAAGAGCUCGAGUACAGUGAGUUGUUGGAUAAAGCUGCUGUCACAGAGGAUCAUUUUGAACGAAUGGUGUUGGUGGCAGCAUUCGCGGUGUCUGGCUAUAGCUCAUCUUACCAUCGUGCAGCUCACAAGCCCUUCAACCCACUUUUGGGUGAAACGUACGAGUGCAUACGUGAGGAUAAGGGUUUCAGUUUUAUUGCGGAACAGGUUAACCACCACCCUCCAGUUUCAGCAUGUCACGUCGAGUCGAAGAACUUUGUACUCUGGCAAGAUGUACGCAUUAAGACGAAAUUUUGGGGGAAAUCAAUGGAGAUCCUCCCAGUGGGAACAGUUCACCUUGACUUGCCAAGCUUUGGAAGUCAUUAUCAGUGGAAUAAAGUCACCACAUGCGUCCACAAUAUCUUCAGUGGUCAGCGUUGGGUUGACCAGUAUGGGGAGAUGACAAUCCGUGAUGUAGUGCAUGAUGUCUCAUGCAAACUGACUUUUGUAAAGGCAAGCUACUGGUCAGAUAAACGCCAUGAAGUGUUUGGUACAGUGAUGAAUAAGCAAGGAGAUGUGAUAUACAAUCUGUCUGGCCAGUGGACAGAGGCAAUCUAUUGUGGGAAUGCUCCUGCAGCAAAAUGCAUAUGGAGGCCCGGGUCCAUGCCUGAAGACUUCGAGCUCUAUUAUGGUUUCACUCGAUUUGCCAUCGAACUGAAUGAAUUGGAUACUCAGAUGGCUAAACUCCUCCCUCCUACUGAUACACGGUUUAGACCAGAUCAAAGACUCCUGGAGGAAGGCAACGUUUCAGCUGCGGAAACAGUGAAGUCUCAACUAGAACAGUCACAACGAGAACGUAGAAAAGCAAGAGAAGAGGCAGGGAUAGAAUUUCAGCCAAUGUGGUUCAAGAAGGUGGUGUCCAAGGACAGCAAAGAGCACUGGGUCUUCAACCACAAGUACUGGGAGCUUCGUGCCAACCCAGGCUUCAGCAAUAUUCCUUUUCCAGAACAACUCUGGAAUGCCAUCCCCUACAAUAUGUGAGCCCCUGCAGCACUGGGAACCCUUUCAGUGAACCCAACUUCAUGGUGUUGAAGCAUUAGACAUGAGCAAAGAUUUGUUCUCGGUGCAUUAUAACACGGUGACUAGUUGAGCUGGUACAGCUACAUAGACGGACACUUGUUUUAAUUGUAGUUGGUAGUUUUAUGCUAUGAAAUGGUUGUUUUAGGACGUUAGUCAUUGUUGGGAGUUGUACUGGUAUAGAACAGUGCAAGCGAUCUUUUUCUAGUGAUUGGGUUGCCUAUGGCCCGGUGAUCAUUGCACAAACAGUGAAACUAAUGUGCUACUACGUGUGAGAUUCACACUGCUUAUGCUUCCACACUCAUGGAAUAUAGCUUUAGAUCCCUCCAGCUUGUGAAUAGGCAUCAAAACCUGCUUAAUAUCUAUCAAUACUUCAGCUCCCUCUGGCCUAGCAUUCACAAUAUUCAGUAACGUUCAGUAACAAAUACCAUUCACAAUUCUUUGGAACAACUUCACUCACUUACGACGUGGUCGCUUGCAUUUUUACAUUUACUUUCAUUGUGAGCUUGUUUUACUUUGAAAUCGAUAUUUAAUGACGAUGCAGUAAAAAACAGAAAGCAAAAAUAUGAUUGCCGCAUCUAAGCUACUCAUAUGUACUAUAAUUUGCUUUGUUGCAAAAGAAGUGAUGUCAUACAGCUUUGUUUGUUUGUUAGCUUCUUUUUUUUUUUUUUUUUUUUCUGUUAUUACAUAUUUCAUUCUCUGUUGCAUUUCUGUUGGCAAAAUUUUGAAGUGUCCUGCUAUUUUUUCUGCCUUAAAUGCCUGGCAGUCAUGAUAUGAUUUGGAUUUUGUUUCGGCUAUCAGUGUUGUGCUUUGCGAACAAAUUUAUUGUUGUUGUGUUGAUUCUGAUUUAGUUAAUCAGUGAUCCACACGGCCAUACUACACUACCCUUUCAGUGUUUCUCAUGCUGGUCUGUACUCUGCUGACAUUUUCAUUGGACCUUUCUAACCUUGUGUGAUAGUCCCAGGUGCCUUCUGUUGCUUGUUACAUUCAGAAAAGCUACAGUCUCGAGGGAGUGAAAAUUGCUGGACAAGGCAGAUUGUACUUUUUGCGGUUGAACACCUUCGUCUGUGAUGUUUAUGUAUGAUGAAUGUUUACCAACUGCUUUAUAACUUUGAAGGGUCAGUGCUUAUAACUCUCAUACAUAUCUUGUCAUUUCUGUUUGUUAUUUCAGGACUUUUAGCAAAAUUAUUUCGCAUUUAGGCAGUACUUCAUCUUUGUUCUCAGUGGGCCCGGAUGGGAUUUGAUCUCAAGUCCUUGGACUAUGUUAGUCUUUGCUCUCUUCUGUGAACUUGUCUGAAUUACAUGUAUCAUGUAAGAUUAUUACUACUACGUACUGUGUAAGCUUGACUUGCAUAUUAGGAUGCACUGUAGUUUCAUGAUGCUGUUCACAACCAGCACUUGGUCAGCAAGUGAAGGUAGCAUUUAGAGACUUGGGUUGUGCGUGAAAUAUUUUGAAACUUGGGUCUUAUGAACAGUACUGUGCAAUCUUCUUUUGAAGUUGCUCUCUUACAGAUUGUAGGAUAAACCAUUGGUUGCACUGCAGAAAAUAUCAGUCCCCUUCAACCAGUGUGACGCGAAUUUAACAUAGUCGAACACACUUCCUCUCGGCUUAAGGCUAUUGCCUUUCCUCCUAUAGUAUUGCAACAAGUCUAGGUGACAAGGCGAACUUCAUAGUGGUUGAACUUCAUGAGGUUGCGUGUAGCAUUAGGAAGGUAGACAUAGUAAUAAGAACAUACAUAUGUGCACCUAUAUGUAUAUUAUGUAGUAUAUAUGUAGGACCACAUAUGGCUGGUGGCCACCUGUCAUUAUUCAUACUAGUAUUGCUGUGGCAAACUUAUGUAUAGCUUUGUAGUGAACUGUUUGUGUACAAAAACAAUAGUGCAACAUAAUCUAAAUGUGUCUGACAAAGUACCUACUUCCUUAUUUAUGUUUGGCUGUAGAGGCCAUGUUUGUUAUACUAGAUCACCUCACAUUGUUGUGCUUCAUGCCUCAAAGAUGCACAAAAAGAAUUCCGUAUGGCACAUAUAUAUGCUAUUUAAAAAUCGGCUCAUAAGAAAUGGUAACAUUUAACAGUAAUGUCUAAACUCCUCAGCCAUUCACAAAAUGGGUAACAGCACUGAUAGAAUAAAGCAAAACAAAAUAUCACAUACUGUAGAAGUUCAUUUUUAUACAUGACCCUUUUUUUCUAUACAAUUUGCUAAUUUAAAUAUCAGCAAACAUGUCCUUAGUUACUCCAGGUACAACAUUUGCCAUUGUAUACUGAGGAUGAGCCCUGUUUUUUGUUGAUAGCAUGCCAGCACCUUCAAUACACUGAACCGUGCUCCCUGUAUAUCCUGCAAAUUUUUACUGAUAAAAUAGCAUAAAUGCAGGCAAGCUGGUGGAUGUAAUUCAUUGUAGAAAAAGCCUGAACUUGGACAAGGGAACGACAGUUCCUGUUGUCCUUUCUGUCGUUCUCUUGCCCAAGCUCAGGCUUUUUCUGCAAUGGAUUGCAAAUUUGUGUUGACACAAACUGCAUUUUAGGUCACUUUCACCAAAAGAUGUUAAAAUGAUGACAUUUACAAUACCUGUUUCAGGCCGUAACCUUCACAUUUAUUUCACACGUCAAGGUACCCCUGUACACUGGGUUAGCAUUUUCCCAGUAGCCUGGGUUUACUGUGUAGGCCAAAAUAAAUAACUUAAAAAGUGUGUCUGUGGUAGGAAAGCAAGUGAUUUAUGCACUGCUAAGGAUAAAUGCUUUCAUAUAGAUUCAAAGAGUUUGGUAACUAUAAUGCACCAUAGAAGAAUUGGUGGUGGUAAUCAAACAGGUGUAGCCCUCACACAAGUUCCCUUAAUUGGUUAAUGUCCCCGUAGGUGAAAGAGCAUCAUGUAUUCAGAGGCUUUAAAUAACACAUCAUACAAAAAAAAACAUGCCCCGACGAGCAAUGCUGAUCUCGUGCAUGCAAAACCAUUAAACACUUACAGCUACUGAAAUAAAAGCUGCUAACUGCCACCACAAUUCAAUUGCUAUGCAGUGCCUAUUGGUUAUAUGUGCCACAGUACCCUGGCGUCUUGAGACUUCUUGAGAUAAGUAGCUAGAUCUAACUAAAUCCGCCUUAAUGAUCAUUAGGUAAACAUACCGCUUGUCUUCCAUGCAAAUGAACUCAGAAAACUAGUUUAAGGUUAGUACAACAUAGUUGCCCAUUAUUUUGGCCACUAUGAUGCCACGUUACAUUAUUGGGCUCUUUACCAGUAAUCUUUUCUUGCUUAGCAUGAUGAAACUCCCCAGCCAUCAUCCCGUAAUAAAGUUCUUGUUGUUGCUCCUGUAGGGAAAUAAUUAAGGAGCUGACAAGUUUGCUUGUAACACGUAGCGGUGACUAUCAGGCUGUUCCACAUAUCUUCUUAUCUGAAUACUUGAUACUGCGUCAUAAUAAAUUGUGCCAACAGGUGGAAAUAGUUUGAGAAAGCCUCUAGUUAUUUCUUUUUACAGUCCAUGUUAAAGAACCCUUAGGUGGACAAAAUUAAUCCACAGACCGACCAUUGUGAUGUCGCUCAUGAUCAUAGUAGUCUCACAAAAUAAAACCACAACGAUUUUUAUUUUUCUGUACAUGACAUUGCAAGUUGUAAUUUGCUAUGAUGUGAAGUGCAAAUAUAUAUUUUGCUAUAAUUUAAGGUACUCAAUCCUUGUGUAGGUCCACCUGAUUAAUGUUGUUCUAUUUGGGAAAAUUAUGCAACAGUCAAUGAUCUGAUCCAGUUCAAGAAGGCUCUAUUUCUUCUCAAUAUCCAUGCAGAAAGAUCUGUACAAGUAGCAAGUACUUUAAAAGCGAUAAAAACCCCCCAUGCUGGGAAACAAACAAAAAGACGAUACAACACACAGCACAGAAGCAUGAGAAGCACAGAAGAUGCAAGGUUGACUGCAUCACCUCCUAUUUUUUCUGUUAUGUAUUGUUUGUCCAGAGCAUGUCGUGUAACCUCUUUGCACUAAUGCAUGCACUCCAAAAAUCACAUGCAACCAAAAAUGUUGCCCGAUCACGUGCAGGAAAAUAUAGCAGAGUUUCUACUGCAGGUCAUUAUGUCAUAAGGGAUAAUGACCUGCAGCAAAACACAUAUCUAUAUAAGAUAAUUGGACAUCUUUGGGGCACAAUGCACAUAAUUUGAUUUGUUUUUCCCCAUGCAUGUGCAGUAAUGUCGAUCCCUAUAAAGUCAACUCACACACCCAAAAGAUUGUUUUUACAGCUAACUUUGUAUGAAGGAAAAGAAAAUUGUGUGUUUUAUCACAGGCUUUUACCAAUUUCCUGGAAUAAGUGCACUCAUUCAUGUAGUUCUGUCUUGGGACGUUGAAAUUGAUCUGCAGUGCUUUAAACCAAACAAGCAAAAUGGUUGAACAGAGGCCAUGACUUGGCCAUCAUAGCUGGCAAGUAUACCCACUUGCUUAUCAAACAUCAAGCAUUUAGUACUUAGGAUGCAGUGGUGCUUCUUAUUGCAGAUUGUGUGUUUUCUCUUUCUCUAACGUUGUCUAAUUUUCUUCUUGAAUUAGAUGUCUUGACAUAAACACAUUUUUGAGCAAAUUUACUUUGUUCUAGUAGGUUGAUCUGUAGUUUUCUUUGUGGAAGGCGUAACCAUUAUUCAAUCGCUUGACCUUUGAAAGUAGGAGCUUGCCACCUGUAACACAAUGUUGAACUGAUUAUGGGCUUGGGCUUCAUUUGAGCACACAAAUCAGUAAAAAAAUAUGUUGAAUCAGCACUACCUAAUUUCUGCCAUGUCUAUCGUUGUAAUAUGAAUAGUGCAAGUCAUGUCUACAGUUGGUUUAUAUAAGUAUCCACUUUGUAAUAGUAUCAUGAGUUGAAAAAGAAUUAGACGAAUAUCAGCAAGCCCCUCUUUUAUUGAUUUAUGUCAUGUAAGACAAUCGCUGCAAGAAAAUAACUAUUUUGUGUGUGUUUCAAAUCACUGUGAGGACUAUCAUUUUUUUGGGAACUUGUUGGCACCACUGGUACAGCACGUUCUUGAGUGCAGGCUUUACCCGUCCCUUUUGUCCUUGUUAUCUGUGUGUAGUGAAACACUACAAGACUGAAGAUUUUAGUCCACCUAAGAUCUUAUCUGUGUAUGUCUGAACAGUGUAUUGAAAUGUAGUGCAUCCGAUAAAGUUUCUUGGCUCUUAUUUUCAAUUGGUGACCUGUGCGGCUACUGCAUUUCCAAAUGACAGCAGUUCCUCCAGUGCUUUCUUUUUUUUUUCACUUGGUUUAUACUGGUGCACUGGUGUGGAAGCCAUUCAGUAAAACGCAUUGUAGGUACCAUGAUAUUCCCAAGAUUCCCUGAAGACUUGUGAUAUUCACAUUUGAGUAACACUUAGGAGGUGCAUUGCCAACUUUUUCCCCUUCCUGUUCCCUCUCUCUCUUUCAAACUGUCAUGCGGGGACAGGUAUUACACUAUGUUUAUUGGCAAUGUCAUAUGAUUGAAAUUUGCAAAUCUAGUAGCACAUCCAAAUUGACAAAACUUCCCAAGGUAGACUGGAGAUAACUGGUACCUGUGUCUUUCAAAGUAUAAUGGACAAUAUCCAUAUGUAACUCUACCAGUUCUAGUAGUAUUUUACCAAAGUUAGUACUCUACUACAAGUUUAUCAAAGCGUAAAACUGUAUGGGAGGAUAUCUUUGUGUACGUCACACAAAAGCUGAAGAAAAUUUCAACAAGUGUUCGUUUCCUCAGGUCGUAGCAUCCAAGAAAGACCUCAUGGAGCACAUGGUUCAUCGCAUAGGGAAAAUGGCCAUAAUCUAUCGUAGCCAUUCCCUGUUAGGCACGUACUAAGUAUUCAGCAAUACAGGGAUUUCAACAUGUUUAGCAUAACAGUGUUUACCACACUUGGGUGCCAUUUACAUCUGUGUCCAUGAGUCCUUGAAGAGAUGAUGUGUGUUGCUGUUACCAGGCUACAUUGUUUUGCCACAUUGCUUUAACUUGAUUUUGUCAAACAGUAAUUUAUACACUUAUCAAUGUAGCGUCUACUGUUGCAGUUUAUGCUUUUUUUUUCCUCUGCAUAUUUGCUGAAAUAUCCUGUUCCGAAAGAUUAUCUUUUAAAUUUCUUUGUUAGAUUUAUAUAAUGUUAUUGAACCGAUUUUAUUUGUAAUGUUGAAGAAGGGGCCCCACUCCAAAUGGUCCAAAUAUAUAAUCAGUUUUGUGCCAAAAUAUGUGCUAGAAUAAGCAAGGGAUCGGUCCUGUGGCUGCCUUAUCUGCAGUCAAACAAAAUUCAAAGACUGAUUUGUGGCGCAUAGCAAAACGUGUUUUCAGGAGCAUAACAGCAGAAUACUUGGUUAUAGAAAAUUUUGCUUCUGACAAGCACAUUUAAAUUCUGCUCGGUUGGCCUGUACGUGCGCACACAGCUUGACAUUUGCUGUCCGAGCAUGUGUGAAAUUUGGGAUAUUGUUUCAAAAACAGAGGAUUUCAAUGCACAGAUGCUUCUAAAAUCAGUGGUUGGACAUUUUUGGUAUGGUGGCCUAGUUAAUAAAUGCCUGUUACAAAAAUAUA